AGAACAUUAAGCAAGGAGCUCGUGCCUUUUCCUGCGAGACAGACUGGCAGGCAGCGAGUGUGAAACUCCACAUUUCGCUUUAUUUCGACGCCCUCGGACAACAUGGACAGGAAGUGAAGCCAGCUCUGAGAAUAAUCUAAAGCCACUUGUGACAGUUUGUGACAUCAGAUCUACCGUAAGCUGAAGUCUGAUUGGAGGAAUGGCGUGCCAAUCGACCCUGCACCAGUGAUCAGGCCAGGACACUCCAGUGGUGACAUCCUGUGGAGCCAUAGAUUAAAGGCGAGGAGGCUGUUUCACCACCGCUGGAACUGAAGAUUGCUUUAAAUAAGCAAGUCCUCGUGGAAGGUUUUUAAGUCAUGAUGCAAGAAUCUGGGACGGAGGCGACGAGCAACGGCCCAGCCAAUGAGAAUGGAGGAGCGAGCAUGGAGGGAGUACCCAGAGAGGGGCGACCAAAAAGUGCCACGCCGUCAGCGGAAGUGACUGCAGCAGAUCUCCUGCAUCUCCAGCAGCACCAGGCUCUUCAAAUGGCUCGGCAAAUACUUCUUCAGCAACAGCAGCAAUCCCAGCAACAGCAACUGCAGUCUCAGCAAAAUACUGGUCGCAAAUCCCCCAAAGCCAACGACAAGCAGCAAACCCUGCAGGUUCCAGUGUCAGUGGCUAUGAUGACACCUCAAGUGAUAACUCCACAGCAAAUGCAGCAGAUUCUUCAGCAACAAGUCCUGAGCCCUCAGCAGCUCCAGGUUCUUCUCCAGCAGCAACAGGCCCUCAUGUUACAACAGCAGCAACUCCAAGAAUUCUACAAGAAGCAGCAGGAACAACUCCACCUCCAGCUCCUCCAGCAGCAGCAGCAACAGCAGCAACAUGCAGGCAGCAAGCAGAGUAAAGAGCAGCAGGUGUCAGCACAGCAGUUGGCUUUCCAGCAGCAGCUCCUGCAGGUCCAGCAGGUCCAGCAGCAGCACCUGCUCAACCUUCAGAGGCAAGGACUGCUCAGCAUCCAGCCUGGACAGACUGGCCUGCCACUGCACUCCCUCACUCAGGGCAUGAUUCCGACAGAGCUGCAACAACUGUGGAAAGAGGUGACAAACGCUCACGUGAAGGAGGAGCACAACAACAGCAGCAGUAACAACGGCCACCGGGGCCUCGACCUGUCCUCCCCGGCACCGCCAAAGAACCCACUCCUCAACCAGCAUGCCUCCACCAACGGCCAGUACAUGAGUCACAAGAGAGAAGGAUCCACGCUAGAAGAGCCUUCCCCCCACAGUCACCCUCUGUACGGCCAUGGUGUUUGCAAGUGGCCCGGUUGCGAGGCAGUGUUUGAUGAUUUCCAGUCAUUCCUCAAACAUCUUAACAAUGAGCACGCCCUGGAUGACAGGAGCACAGCCCAGUGUCGGGUGCAAAUGCAGGUCGUACAACAGCUGGAGCUGCAGCUAGCAAAAGACAAAGAGCGUCUGCAGGCUAUGAUGACGCACCUUCAUGUCAAGUCCACGGAGCCCAAAGCCACCCCACAGCCGCUCAACCUAGUGUCCAACGUCACGUUGUCCAAGUCAGCCCCAGAGGCCUCUCCUCCUCUGAGCCUUCCCCAGACCCCCACCACACCAACAGCACCGCUUACACCCCUCUCCCAGACCCAUUCUGUCAUCACAGCCACAAACCUCCACAGCAUGGGCCCUAUGCGACGGCGAUAUUCAGAAAAGUACAACAUGCCCAUCUCUCCAGAUAUCAGUCAGAACAAAGAGUUUUACAUGAAUACAGACGUAAGACCACCAUUCACAUAUGCCUCACUAAUAAGACAGGCAAUCCUCGAAUCUCCAGAAAAGCAGCUAACACUAAACGAAAUCUACAACUGGUUCACACGAAUGUUUGCAUAUUUUAGGCGCAACGCAGCAACGUGGAAGAAUGCAGUCCGGCAUAAUCUUAGUCUUCACAAGUGUUUUGUGCGGGUAGAAAACGUAAAAGGGGCUGUGUGGACAGUGGACGAAAUAGAGUUCCAAAAGAGACGGCCUCAAAAGAUCAGUGGAAGUCCAGCCUUAGUGAAGAACAUUCAGACCAGCUUGGGCUAUGGUCCGACCCUCUCUGCUGCCUUCCAGGCUUCAAUGGCAGAAAACAACAUACCUCUAUACACUACUGCUUCCAUUGGAAGUCCCACCCUCAAUUCCCUGGCCAACGCCAUCCGUGAGGAGAUGAAUGGAGCGAUGGACCAUGGAAACAGCAACGGCAGUGACAGCAGCCCAGGACGCUCGCCCCUGCCAGCUAUGCAUCACAUCAGCGUUAAGGAGGAACCACUGGACCCCGAAGACCACGACGGGCCCCUCUCCCUGGUAACGACUGCCAAUCACAGUCCGGAUUUCGAUCACCACAGAGAUUACGAUGACGAGCAGGGCCACGAUGACAUGCUGUAAGGCUAGCGCUGCCCACCUCCCUCCCCAGCCUCAGAGGCCGAGGCAGUCCGGGUCAUUUGGGAGACAGAAACGCUCUGCAGAUAACAAACACUGAACUGCAGUCUCAGCCACUGAUGACAGCUCGCAAAUGUCUCCAAGUUGACUUUUUUUUAGUGCCAUUAAAAUACAUAGCAAGAACACACACGAGAAAACACAGAUGAUGCCCCCACAUGAGGGUUCUUUUUUUCCUCUGAUUCCUUUCUACUUUUGAUUUAAGUAGCGCUUAAAACGUGAAAACAAACUUCGUUUCUACUCAUGUGUCGGACAGACUGUAUUUUUUUUUUUUUUUUUGGUACGGGGGGGUGCGACGUGUCCGUGCUUUGGGAUAACCCUUGCCACGCAGCCAGGACGGACUGCACUCAACGGGCUGCAGAAGAGGAGGGGGGAGGUGUUUGUCUCCCUCUCCACCCUCCCCCACGCUCCCCCCCCCUCCCCAAUUCCCUCUCUCAGACACACAUCUGACCAGAAACUGAAAAGAGAGAGAGGGAGAAUGACUGACGUUUAAUUUACACCGUGUGUAUGUGUGUACGUGCGAGAGAGAGCGCGAGUGCGGACUUCUGUUCAUUGUCACUGCCUUCAACACUUCUCAUUGGUUUAAUCCCUUCUACGGCGGGAGGGUUGUUUUUGUGUUUUUGGUUUGUGUUUUUUUGGGGAGGUGAGGGGGGGUUAAAAAGUUAUGAAAUAUAACAUGAUGUGUCUUCUCCAUCAUUCAGUGCUGUUCUAGAUGUCUUUUUGUUUUUUUUAUUGUUUCUUUGAACUGAUCAGACCUCAUGCCCAUGCUGUGGAGAUUCUGUGUGGUCAGCACUUAAUGAUGAAUGUUUAUCAUUUCUUUAAACACACUCACAUGAAGCAGAAUGUCGCAUACCAACUAGUAUUUUUCUGUCAUUUAUUCCUCAAUCUUGCCACACACAAAAAAAAAACCAGGAAAAAAACACAACUCUGAUGUGUAGCCCGGCCCCCACUCCACCCCACCCCAACCAGACCCCCCUCCUGCUCAUGAAGUCCAUUGGCAAUGCACUACUCAUAAUGAAGGCUCUCUCCACGCAUCAAUGAAGUUUAAUUUAAGAUGCGAAUGAAUGACAGAGAAAUCAUGCAGGUUAUGAUUUAUCCUUAUGAAAUUAUACUUUAAAACAGCCCCUCACGGCCGAGCAUGCUGAGCUGCAACAGAAUUUCUGAUCACUUACAAGCUCCGGGUUUUUUAAAGCAAAAUGAAAAUGUCAGGUGUGCACCAGCGAGAUAAUGAUUUAGACCAACUAAUUGUGAUUCCUGAACACAACUGUCAUUGUUAAUCAAACGUGUCUGCUUUUUUUUCCCUUUUUUUCCAAGCUGCAAUUUCAUUCAGGGCUCGGAGAUAAACGUGCAUUCCCUGUAGUUUUAUUUGUAUCACGCGCAUGACUAGUUUUAAGUUUCGAGUGUUAAUAAUUGCACACCGGACGAACGGCUCAUUUUCUUUCAUUAAGGGAACAAAUCCCCAAGACCUGCAAUAAGCGUUGCACAUUCCAGCAUUUGACAGCCAUCGUAAAAGGGCCCAAACAUACAGCACAUACCAUUUUAUGCGAAGGUGGAUGCUUCGACGUUCGGUGUCGCCCAACAAAAGUCUGUUGGGAAUCCACGGGAAAAACUUCCAGCUUUGCUGAGAAGUUACAUUUUAGACAUGCUGAAUUUCAAGACUGCAAUCAACCACUUUUAAUCUUUUUAUUUAUUAUUAGUUUUGGUAUUAUUUGAUGUUUAUUUGGCUUUUUAUUUUUGUUAAUGUUGUUGUUGAUUUGUAUUAAUAUCAUUCUGUGACUACCAAAGAUAAACUACAAAGUCAAUGAUGUGUUUUCCAUGCAAUAGCAGAUCAGGCCAAAUAUCUCUCCUCCGUUCUUUCGGUAGCGGCGGUGUAGCCGGCGGCAGAUUGAAUCGAAGGGAGGGAGGAAAAAAAACGCUCCUCGCACUGGUGUUUUCAUUCAUUGUUAUUAAAAAAAAAACAGCAAACAAACAAAAAAACCAAAGGGGUGGAGCUGCAUCGAGGUUUUGCAGUGACCAAAUCUGAACGGGAGGCACCGACAGUCUGACAACACGAUGACCAAACUAGGGAAACUUCUUAUCUUUGGGCCAGUGAGCUGGGAAAAGGGAGCAGAUAACACAUGCAACAUUAGAGCGUAUGUAGAUAAAACAUAUACCGGUUAAAUGGGAAAAGCUUUGCAGAGAACAAUGUGAAAUGGAUUCUGUGCUUCAACUGGACCACACAAAUGAUUCAGUGUUUCUCUUCUUUUAUUCCUUUACCUGUGUGUAUCAUUUAAAAUGAUUGUAUGCCACUUUUUUUUUUUUUUUAGGGAUUUUUGUUGAGAUUGGCAAGACUUCAUGAUUGUGUUUAGUUUCUGUCAACUUAUUACUUUUUAUAUUAAAAAACACUCCUGUCAACUAAUAAGCUGGGUACAAGGUACUUUAUGGCAGUUAUUGUUAUUGUUAUUAUAAAUUUUUUUCCUCUAACUUCACCGCUCAUUAGCUAAAAAGGAAAAAGGGCAAUCUGUGGCUUCCAGAAAAUGUAUUUAAUAUCCAGGCAGCUGUGGGAUGGGUCAGUUACAUCCAGGCUCAGGACCGUGAGAACAGGGGCCGAGCUCAUCCACAACCCCCCACCCCCCAGUCAACCGGCUGGUUUGUUUGGUAUUCAGAAAGGAGGGAAAAGUGCCGGUCGGUUAGAUCAUUCUCAGCAUGUGUAGCUUGACAUUACUAAAGAUAACAGCAUGAGAAAACCGUUAGGAUGCAUACCUCAGUUCAAACCUAUAGGGAAUGAUUCAAUUAAAUGAGAAAAAAUAAACAUUUCACUCAGUUGCACUUAGUUGUGUGUCUUGCAUGUGUAGUCUGAUACUGUAGAGAGAAAAUGACAAAAAAAAGAAAAGAAAAUGAAAUUAGAGCUUGUUUAUCUUAAAGGUUUCAUCCUUUUUUUUCCUUUUUUUUUUAAAGCCAAACCAAUCCAAACCUCAGGCCUUUUGUUCAUGGAAAUGUCACUCGGCUGUGUGUGUGUGUGUGUGUGUGGCACCGUUCAUCCUGUCAAAGUUUGUUCUCUGAUGUACUGAUGGGUUGUUUUAAGGGCGUUCCAACAUUAGGUUGUACAUACAUGUCGGUAUAGCCUUUGCCCCCCCGCCCCAACACACCUUUUUUUAAGAUCAAAAAAUACAUUUGUGUUAUGUUUGCUUUAUCGCUUUGUAUUAACUAUGAAAUAGCUAUGAGAAAAAAAACUGCUGUAUGUAUUGGAAUAGCAAACUGUGCUGCAAAUGUAUUUUACUUAGUAAUCCUUGCUUUAAAAAAAAACAAAAAAGGAAAAAAAAAAAAAAAAAAGGAGUCACACAAUCCAUGCAGACGUCUGGGUGAGCUGGGCAUGGCCAGGCUGGGGCACGGGGGCGGGGGAUUAUCUCAGAUUUUGGAUUACAAACUGUAAUAUAGAAAACAGACUUUUUCUCUGUUAUCACUGACCUAAGCAUUUUGUACAGAUUCUUUUUUCCCUCUUUGUGUUAAGCUGUUUUUUGAUACUUCCUUUUGACGGUCCAGCCGCUGCCUCGCGAGGCUGCGCGCUAAAGAAAUACCUGCUCGAGUAAAAUGGGAAAAAAAACCCCGACACUGGGCAGGACUGGUAUAUUUCCUCUAUGAGACGGAGAUAUCUUGCAUGACUAAUCCCAGGGUCACGGAGAUUUUAGGGGGAAGGGCGGGAGGGGUGGUUUAAGUGGUCAGUAGUAAUAUAAGGGUGUAUCAAUUUAAUGAUAUUUUAUAUGAAAUGAAUAGGAAAAAAAGAAAAAUAUGCAGUGCCAAGAUGUAAAGAAUAUUGUUAAAUGCUGUCUUUUUUUCUUUUUCUUUUUUUGGAGAUUCAUUUCACUCGCUCAUUAAAAGAUGUCCUUUCAUGUCACGUAGGCUAAACACACACACACACACACUCUUUGGUUAGCAUCAAGAUAUUUAUAUUUUUUAUCUCAAGUGGUCAUUGUAAAUGAGUUGAACCAAGCACAGCAGGCAGGUCAAAGGUCAGAUGCUACUGAAGACUCGGACCCUGCAAAAUCCAGCCGCAUGGCAUCAGACCUCCCCCCCACUCACCCACCGACACACACACACACACACACACACACAGCCAAAGUAUAUCACACAGACUCACACACACUGGCACCCGAGCUAAAAUGCCAUUGUUUCAUCCAUCACCAACCAUCCAGCCCGCUGUCAUUCCCCCCCCCCCC